CCUCCUUUCCUGUCCCUCUUUUAGGAUGGCCUGAAGCAGACGCCCCUGUAUGACUUCCAUCGGCAGCAUGGUGGGAAAAUGGUGCCCUUUGCUGGCUGGAGCAUGCCCGUGCAGUAUACCUACAGCCACCUGGAGUCCCACAUGCACACAAGGCAACACUGCUCCCUCUUUGAUGUGUCCCACAUGCUCCAGACCAAAGUGUUUGGCCGUGAUCGGGUGAAGUUCAUGGAGAGCCUGGUGGUUGGGGACAUCGCUGAGCUCAAGCCUGACCAGGGCACACUGUCUCUGUUCACUAAUGAGAAGGGAGGCAUAAUUGAUGAUUUAAUUGUGACCAGCACUUCGGAGCAGCACCUGUAUGUGGUGUCCAAUGCAGGCUGCAGUGACAAGGACUUGGCUCUCAUGCAGACCAGAGCACAGGAGCUGAGAGCAGCAGGCAGUGAUGUGCACUUGGAGGUCUGGGAGAAUGCACUGCUGGCUCUGCAAGGUCCCUCAGCAGUGCGGGUGCUGCAAGCAGGUGUGUCAGAUGACCUGGCCAAGUUGCCUUUCAUGAGCAGCGCUGUGAUGGAUGUGUUUGGAGUGCCAGGCUGUAGGGUUACGCGCUGUGGCUACACUGGAGAGGAUGGCGUGGAGAUCUCGGUGCCUGCCAGGCGUGUGGUGGAGCUAGCUGAGCAGCUGCUUGAUGACCCUGACGUCUGGCUGGCAGGGCUUGCGGCUAGGGAUAGUCUGCGCCUGGAGGCAGGGCUCUGUCUCUAUGGAAAUGACAUUGACGAGACCACCACACCUGUGGAAGCCAGUCUGGUGUGGACCCUGGGAAAGCGGCGCCGUGCAGCCAUGGACUUUCCUGGUGCUGCCAUCAUUGUGCCACAGAUCAAAGAGAAGCCCAAGCACAAACGAGUGGGGCUGAUGUCCACUGGGCCCCCGAUCCGUCAGCACACUCGUAUCUUGGAUCUGGAAGGCCAGACUGUUGGCACAGUGACCAGUGGCUGCCCCUCCCCCUGCCUGCAGAAGAACAUUGCCAUGGGCUACAUCAAGAGUGAGCACAGCAAGGUGGACACAGCGCUGACUGUGGAAGUAAGGAAGAGGAAGUACUCUGCCCUUGUCACCAAGAUGCCCUUUGUGCCCACCCACUACUACACAAUCAAGUGAGGUGCUUACUGCUAGUUUUAGGGGAGCCAAGCCAACUUUCCCCAACAGUGAUCCUUGCUCCUGGAGGCUCCUGUGGUGGGGGUAGGGGGAACUGCUCAGGGUACUUCUGUACUAGGAAGCACAUCAGCCCGAAAGCAGUAAGGGGACAAGGGCUUCCCCAAUACUUCUUGUAGGGGCCUAUGCCCAUGAAGAGCCGGGGUCCCAAAGCAGUGAGUUGCCAGGAGCCUUUUAGGCCCUUAUCUUAUCCCAUGGCUAAUGCUGGAUAGGGUCCGUCUCCAUGGGAAGCCAUUGCUCUUUCAUGCAGGACUCAACAAACAUCUGUCUGUGCUGCUGUUUUACGCCCCUGGUUUCUGUCUGGCCAGGCUUUGGCUAGCUGCCGUUCACGCAGCACUUGUGCCAUACACUGCCAGCAGCUUCCUACCAGGCAUUAAACCAGCAGAGUAAAUGUUGACCCCCCUCCCCUCUAAUUUUUUGUAAUUGGGUUGAUAAUUGCCCCCAUUAAAGAUCCUAGCUCUUCUCAUUC